AUGCUACGCGAGCGGACGGUGCGGCUGCAGUACGGGAGCCGCGUGGAGGCAGUGUACGUGCUGGGCACGCACCUCUGGACCGAUGUCUACAGCGCGGCCCCAGCCGGGGCCCAGACCUUCAGCCUGAAGCACUCGGAGCGCGUGCAGGUGGAGGUGGUGCGCGACAGGCAGCCUGAGGAGGUGGCCGCCAACGGCAAGCAGCGCUGGCCUCUGUCGCCCAGCACCACGCUGCGGCUCACCAUGAGCCAGGCGAGCGCCGAGGCCAGCAGCGACAAGGUCACCGUCAACUAUUAUGAGGAGGAGGGGAUCACCCCCAUCGACCAGGCUGGGCUCUUCCUCACGGCCAUUGAGAUCUCCCUGGAUGUGGAUGCAGACCGGGACGGCGUGGUGGAAAAGAACAACCCAGGAAAGGCAUCCUGGACCUGGGGCCCUGAGGGGCAGGGAGCCAUCCUGCUGGUGAACUGUGACCGAGACACACCCUGGUUGCCCAAAGAGGACUGCAGCGAUGAGAAGGUCUACAGCAAGGAAGACCUCAAGGACAUGUCCCAGAUGAUCCUGCGGACCAAAGGCCCCGACCACCUCCCCGCCGGAUACGAGAUCGUUCUCUACAUUUCCAUGUCGGACUCGGACAAAGUGGGCGUGUUCUACGUGGAGAACCCGUUUUUCGGCCAGCGUUAUAUCCACAUCCUGGGCCGCCAGAAGCUCUACCACGUGGUCAAGUACACGGGUGGCUCUGCCGAGCUGCUGUUCUUCGUGGAAGGCCUACGUUUUCCCGACGAGGGCUUCUCGGGCCUGGUCUCCAUCCACGUCAGCCUGCUGGAGUAUAUGGCCGAGGAGAUCCCCCUGACACCCAUCUUCACGGACACUGUGACAUUCCGGAUUGCUCCGUGGAUCAUGACCCCCAACAUCCUGCCUCCCUUGUCGGUGUUUGUGUGCUGCAUGAAGGACAACUACCUGUUUCUGAAAGAGGUGAAGAACCUGGUUGAGAAAACCAACUGUGAACUGAAGGUCUGCUUCCAGUACAUGAACCGGGGAGAUCGCUGGAUCCAGGAUGAAAUCGAGUUUGGCUACAUCGAGGCCCCCCACAAAGACUUCCCUGUGGUUCUGGACUCCCCCAGAGACGGAAGCCUGAAGGAUUUCCCAGUGAAGCAGCUCCUGGGCCCAGAUUUUGGCUAUGUGACCCGGGAGCCCCUCUUUGAGCCUGUCACCAGCCUUGAUUCCUUUGGGAACCUAGAGGUCAGUCCACCAGUGACCGUGAAUGGCAAGACAUACCCCCUGGGCCGGAUCCUCAUCGGGAGCAGCUUUCCUCUGUCUGGUGGUCGGAGGAUGACCAAGGUGGUGAGGGACUUCCUGCAGGCCCAGCAGGUGCAGGCACCCGUGGAGCUCUACUCGGACUGGCUGACCGUGGGCCAUGUAGAUGAGUUCAUGACAUUCGUCCCCAUCCCAGGCACAAAGAAUUUCCGGAUGCUCAUGGCCAGCACCUCGGCCUGCUACAAGCUCUUCCGAGAGAAACAGAAGGAGGGCCAUGGGGAGGCCAUCAUGUUCAAAGGCUUGGGCGGGAUGAGCAGCAAGCGAAUCACCAUCAACAAGAUUCUGUCCAAUGAGAGCCUCGUGCAGGAGAGCCAGUACUUCCAGCGCUGCUUGGACUGGAACCGCGACAUCCUCAAGAAGGAGCUGGGGCUGACGGAGCAGGACAUCAUCGACCUGCCUGCCCUCUUCAAGAUGGACGAGAGCCGCCAGGCCAGAGCCUUCUUCCCAAACAUGGUGAACAUGAUUGUGCUCAACAAGGACCUGGGCAUCCCCAAGCCAUUCGGGCCCCAGGUUGAGGAGGUGUGCUGCCUGGAGACACAUGUGCGCUCCCUGCUGGAGCCCCUGGGCCUCUGCUGCACCUUCGUGGAUGACAUCUCCGCCUACCACAAAUUUCUGGGGGAGGUGCACUGCGGCACCAACGUGCGCAGGAAGCCCUUCACCUUCAAGUGGUGGCACAUGUUACCCUGACC